AUGGCAGCCUUGCGAUCAGCCGUCGCCAUUAGUCCCGCUGGCAUUCAACGGUCUCUCGCGCCGCAAGCAGACCUCCUGUCGAAGCGCCAACAGCUCCGCGUAGCUUCGGUAAACCCAAGAAACCGACCAACUUCGGAACGGAAAUCAUUGGUCGUGCGCGCUUCGGACGAGCGGUUCGACAUUGGGGAUUACGGAGCGCGCGACCCGCGGCCGAGUGAGCUGGAGAGCCAGUUCGGCGAUAAGGUUCUUGGGAAUGCCGACACGGAGCACCGCAUUCUGCUGCCGUCUGGAAUAACCGAGGUGGCAGGCCUGGCCGCACGCAACUGCGCGCCGCUGCCAGCUGGCACGCAGCCAUUGGCGGAGCCAGGAGCCCGAGAGCUGCUCAAGCGGGUCGUUGUCUGGAAGCGCGUACGAGAACCCUCGGACCUGCGGCUAAGGGGCGAGUGGCGGGUCGUUGGGUGGAAGCUAGUAUCCGAACCCUCAGGCUUGCGGCUAAGAGGCGAGUGGCGCGUGCGGGACGAGGAGAGCGGGGGGGAGCUGAUGCGGCGGAUGGGGGCCGUGGUGGAGGGGCAGCAGGAGCAUUGCGGAGGGGCGCAGCAGGCGGACAUGAGCGUGGAGCAGGGCUACGUGGUCAGGGUGGACCUGCACACGCCUGCCAUUGGUGGGUUGAGUGGCUUGAGUGAGAAUGACUUCAUAAUUGCAGCCAAGAUGGAUCUAGUGAAGGUCAGCGACCUCAUCAAGAAGGCUCGCUUCUGGGCGUAG